AUGGACGGUAAACGUGUGAAACUCGGGAAGUGUGGUGCAGGAGAACAUGAUGAUGAGAAUGUGGAAGCAGGUGAUGGCGAAGACGGUGACCGGCCGGUCCAUGUUGAACUCUUCCUCGUCAUCGCUCUCAGCAGACCUGCUAAUCGCACUCCUCUCGCUGCAAUUUGCGUUUACUUCCACGUCGGUCCAAGUUUACGAACCUCGCUGAAUUACUAUCAUUUUCGUCACGAUAAACUUCCUGAUGAUUAUUUCCGUCGAACGGCUCGGGAAUCGAUCCAUCCGGAUACAGUCGUUCCAGAACCUGAAAGCAUAAAAGAGAAAUACAGACUGGAAUAA